AUGUUGGUCGCUUAUCAACACACCGCCGUCUUGGUCGCUCUUCUCCUCAUACCCGUACUUUGUCUGCUACUCUCCCGCCGACGCCCCUACCCUGGCAUUCCCAUUGCGCAUUUCGAACGUAGAGGUCUCCAAAAAUGGAUGCCCGCCAAGUUCGCCUUUAUGCAGCGGCCUGGAGAGCUCCUGUCCAAGGCCUCGGAACAGCAUCCCAACCGUUGCUUCCAAGUAGCCGCAGCCUCCGGUUACAAGAUUAUCGUGCCAAACAGAUUCGCUAACGAGCUGCGGAAUCAUCCAGACCUAGAUUUCAAUGAGGCUACGGCAAAGGACUUCUUCGCACAUUACCAGGGUUUCAAUGGAGCAGGUGUGUUUGUUGGCGCGAAGGACAAUAUUGUCUUGGAUACGGUGCGGAUCAAGCUCAACCAAAACCUCGAUCUUAUCACAGACAGCCUGGUUGACGAGACGGGGGAAGCUUUCCGGAAUGUGUUUGGUUCAGGAUCGAACGAAAGCCCGCGCAUUACUCACAUCAAACAGCAUAUGUUGCACAUCGUGGCCCGUCUCUCCUCGCGUGUGUUCUUGGGAAAAGCCUUCUCUCGGCACGCAGAGUGGCUCCGCAUAGCAGAGCAAUACACGGUGGACAUCUUCAGCGCCUCGAUGCUGUUGCAUAUGAUCCCGGCUCCACUGCAACCUUUGGUAUGCUGCUUCAUACCUGCUUACUGGAGACUACGUGGGCAUUUGCGUGGAGCGCGCCGGCUGAUUGAACCGGAACUCUACCGGAGACAACCGUCCCUUGAAUGCGCCGAGAAGCCUGCAAGGAUGGAGGACUCGCUGUCAUGGAUGGAAGAUGUCGCCCAAGGCCGUUCAUUUGACUACGCAGCCGGGCAACUUGGUCUAAGUGUGGCAGCCAUACACACGACAUCGGAAAUGGCGACCAAGGCUGUUCUGCAGCUGUGCGAGAAUCCGGAGGUAGUGGCUCCGUUGCGCGAGGAAAUCAUUAACGUCUUGGGCCGGGAGUCGUGGUCGAAAAACGCUGUGGCGAAGAUGCAUUUGCUGGAUAGCUUCUUGGAAGAGGUUCAGCGUAUUCAUCGGGGCGGAAUCGCAUCGAUGCACCGCCUUGUUAAGAGAGACGUGGUACUUUCCGAUGGCUUUGUGAUACCCAGAGGUGCAACUGUUCUGGUCCGCGAGUGCCUCGACUACGGCGAGCCUGACUGGAGCAUUUUCAAUCUACAGCGGCAUAUGAACAUGCAUCCCAGAGUCCGCUUCACAUCCACAUCACCCGCAAACAUGGGCUUCGGUCACGGAAAGCAUGCCUGUCCAGGCAGGUUCUUCGCGGCUCUUGAGCUCAAGAUUGUUUUGUGCUUCUUCUUACUGCAUUACCAAGUAGCGUUCCUGCCUGGAGAAGGUCGGGUGGCUGAGAUCGAAUUUGAGCAUCAGCUUGUUACGCCUCCAGACAUACGCUUGGAGCUCCGCGAGCGACAGCCAGAAAUUGCUCUAUUGUAG